CGAGGCGGAGAAAACGAACAGCAGCCAACUUCCUCCUCGGUUUUGCGCCACGGGGUGUGAAUAAAAGUUACAAAGAUAGAUACCGUGUGGGGUUGGGCCUCUGCCCCGCUGCGCCUAGCGGCCAACAGAAUGGGUGACAUGCUGAUAUCAGAUCGUCCACCGUCGCCGGCGAGACUGUCACACACAUCGGAGAAGCACCCUCGGGUGACACUGCAGGAGCUGAACGUGCUUCGACGCCACCGGGAGCUCUGCGAUGUCGUGAUCAACGUGAAAGGCCGCAAAAUAUUCGCCCACCGCGUGAUCCUGUCCGCGUGCAGCCCAUACUUCCGAGCCAUGUUCACCGGCGAGCUGGAAGAGUCGCGCCAAACCGAGGUCACGAUCUGCGACAUUGACGAGAACGCAAUGGAGCUGCUGAUUGACUUCUGCUACACGUCCCACAUCGUUGUAGAGGAAUCGAACGUACAGCCUUUGCUGCCGGCCGCCUGUCUGCUGCAGCUGGCCGAAAUACAGGAUAUUUGCUGCGAGUUCCUCAAGCGCCAGCUCGAUCCAGAGAACUGCCUCGGUAUUCGGGCGUUCGCCGACACACACUCGUGUCGGGAGCUGUUGCGCAUUGCGGACAAAUUCACCCAGCACAACUUCCAGGAGGUGAUGGAAAGCGAGGAGUUCCUGCUACUUCCGGUUGGUCAGCUUGUCGAUAUCAUUUGCAGCGAUGAGCUGAACGUACGCUCGGAAGAGCAGGUGUUUAAUGCGGUGAUGGCGUGGCUCAAGUACAACGUCGCCGAUCGACGCCAGCAUCUGGCUCAGGUGCUUCAGCACGUCCGAAUGCCUCUGCUCAGCCCCAAGUUCCUAGUCGGCACGGUUGGAUCUGACCUGCUCGUUCGCUCGGAUGAAGCCUGCCGGGAUCUGGUUGACGAGGCAAAGAACUACCUACUGCUGCCACAAGAACGCCCGCUAAUGCAAGGACCACGAACUCGACCACGCAAACCGACUCGCCGCGGUGAGGUCCUGUUUGCCGUGGGUGGCUGGUGCUCGGGUGACGCGAUUGCAUCCGUGGAACGGUUCGAUCCGGAGACGGCCGACUGGAAGAUGGUAGCACCGAUGAGUAAGCGACGCUGUGGAGUCGGUGUGGCCGUCCUGAACGACCUGCUGUACGCCGUCGGCGGGCACGAUGGCCAGAGCUACCUGAACAGCAUCGAGCGGUACGAUCCGCAGACGAAUCAGUGGUCGUGUGAUGUCGCACCGACCACAAGCUGCCGCACGAGCGUCGGAGUGGCGGUGCUGGAUGGCUUUCUGUACGCGGUCGGCGGACAGGACGGCGUACAGUGUCUGAACCACGUCGAACGAUACGAUCCCAAAGAGAACAAAUGGUCCAAAGUGGCCCCGAUGACGACACGACGACUUGGCGUGGCGGUGGCCGUACUUGGCGGAUACCUGUACGCGAUCGGUGGCUCGGACGGACAGUGUCCACUCAACACGGUCGAACGGUACGAUCCGCGACAGAACAAAUGGUGCGCUGUUAGUCCCAUGUCCACGCGAAGGAAACACCUCGGGUGUGCGGUGUUCAACAACUUCAUCUACGCUGUCGGUGGGCGGGACGAUUGCAUGGAGCUGUCGUCCGCGGAACGCUACAACCCGCACACCAAUUCCUGGAGCCCGAUCGUCGCGAUGACGUCCAGACGCAGUGGGGUUGGACUAGCCGUGGUCAACGGUCAAUUGUACGCGGUCGGAGGCUUCGACGGAACCGCCUAUCUGAAGACGAUCGAGGUGUACGAUCCCGAGACGAACCAGUGGCGCUUGUGUGGCUGCAUGAACUACCGCCGGCUGGGUGGAGGCGUUGGCGUUAUGCGAGCACCCCAAACCGAGAACUACAUGUGGAUUCGCAAAGAUUCAGUUGUUUAA